AUGAGCGAUCGCGAUUGUCGCAUCUAUGUGGGCAACUUGCCGGAUGAUUGCCGUGAGAGGGAUGUCGAGGAUAUUUUCGACAAAUAUGGCCGCAUUCGUUCGAUUGACAUCAAGGCCAAGGGACGGGCACCAGCUUUUGCUUUCGUCGACUUUGAGGAUCCAGCAGACGCUGAAGACGCGGUCAGAGGAAGGGAUGGAUACUCGUUUGAUGGAAUGAGACUUCGUGUCGAGUUCCCACGUGGUGUCGGCCCUCGUGGACCGGGUGGACGCCCAAUCCACGAUCGCGAUGGAGGACGAUCACGUGGAGGAGACGAUCGCUACAGCAGCCGCUCACGCAACCCACCACCACGCCGCUCAAGCUACCGUGUCAAGAUCACUGGAUUGCCAUCAACUGGCUCAUGGCAAGAUGUCAAGGAUCAUCUUCGCGAUGCCGGUGAAGUCUGCUAUGCAAAUGUGCACGGUGAUGGGACUGGAGUUGCUGAGUUCACUCAUCGCGAUGACAUGAAGAGAGCGAUUCGAAAGCUCGACGAUACGAAAUUCCGAUCGCAUGAGGGAGAAACGGCCUAUGUGCGUAUCGCCGAAUCAUCGGACACCGACUCUCCGCCCCGUGGUGGUGGUGGUGGUGGUGGUGGACGUCGUUCUCGCUCUCGUUCACCCAAAUAUUCGCCUCGUCGCACUCGCUCUCGUUCUCCUCCAUCUCGUCGCGGUGGAGGUAGUCGCAGUCGAUCGGCCAGUCGUUCAAAGAGUCGCUCUCGUUCCCGUUCCCGCUCG